AUGGAAUGGUGCUGGGCGCAGUGCCCGCGGGCCGGGCUGGUCACAGCGCUGGGCACUGUGCUGGUGCGUGGCCGGGACGUGUGUCGGCGCAAUGGGCUGCUCAUCCUGUCCGUGCUCUCCGUGCUGGUGGGCUGCCUCCUCGGAUUCUUCCUUAGGACCCGGCGCCUCUCGCCACAGGAGAUCAGCUACUUCCAGUUCCCAGGCGAGCUCCUGAUGAGGAUGUUGAAGAUGCUCAUCCUGCCUCUGGUGGUCUCAAGCCUGAUGUCUGGUCUCGCCUCCCUGGACGCUAAGACCUCCAGCCGCCUGGGCCUCCUCACCGUGGCCUACUACCUGUGGACCACCUUCAUGGCCGUCAUCGUGGGCAUCGUCAUGGUCUCUGUCAUCCACCCCGGGGGCGCGGCCCAGAAGGAGGCCACGGAACACAGUGGCAAGCCUGUCCUGAGCUCCGCCGACGCCCUCCUGGACCUCGUCCGGAACAUGUUCCCAGCCAACCUGGUAGAGGCCACUUUCAAGCAGUACCGCACCAAGACCACUGCCAUUGUCAAGUCCCCCAAAGUGCCGUCGGAGGGGGCUUCCCGGAGGCCCCUCAUCUACGGACUCCAGGAGGAGAACAGCUCCCGGGUGCACAGUUUCGCCCUGGACCUCACCCCACCGCCCGAGGUCGUCUACAGGUCGGAGCCCGGCACCAGCGACGGCAUGAACGUGCUGGGGAUCGUCAUCUUCUCGGCCACCAUGGGCAUCAUGCUGGGCCGCAUGGGUGACAGCGGGGCCCCCCUGCUCAGCUUCUGCCAGUGUCUCAAUGAGUCCGUCAUGAAGAUCGUGGCCGUGGCCGUGUGGUACUUCCCCUUCGGCAUCGUGUUCCUCAUCGCCGGCAAGAUCCUGGAGAUGGACGACCCCGCGGCCGUCCGGAAGAAGCUGGGCUUCUACGCCAUCACAGUGGUGUGUGGCCUGGUGGCCCACGGCCUCUUCCUCCUGCCCCUGCUCUACUUCCUCAUCACCAAGAAGAACCCCAUCGUCUUCAUCCGCGGCGUCCUCCAGGCCCUUCUCAUCGCGCUGGCCACCUCCUCCAGUUCGGCCACGCUGCCCAUCACCUUCAAGUGUCUGCUAGAGAACAACCACAUCGACCGGCGCAUCGCCCGCUUCGUGCUGCCCGUGGGCGCCACCAUCAACAUGGAUGGGACCGCGCUCUACGAGGCUGUGGCUGCCAUUUUCAUCGCCCAGGUCAACAACCACGAGUUGGACUUUGGGCAGAUCGUCACCAUCAGCAUCACGGCCACUGCAGCUAGCAUCGGGGCUGCUGGCAUUCCCCAAGCUGGGCUUGUCACCAUGGUCAUCGUGCUCACAUCCGUGGGGCUGCCCACGGACGACAUCACCCUUAUCAUCGCUGUCGACUGGGCUCUGGACCGUUUCCGCACCAUGAUCAACGUGCUGGGGGACGCGCUGGCUGCAGGGAUCAUGGCUCACAUCUGCCGGAAGGACUUUGCGCAGAGUGUGGGCUCUGAGAAACUGCCACCCCCUGACACCAAGCCCGUGAGCCUCCAAGAGAUCCUGGCAACGCAGCAGAACGGCUGUGUGAAGAUCGUGGCCGCAGCCUCGGAGCUGACCCUGGGCACCGCCUGCCCCCACCACGUUCCCGUCCAGGCAGAGACGGAGGAGGAGCUGGCCAGGGCUAGUCCUGACCACUGCACCAUCGAGAUCAACGAGCUGGAGACCAACGUCUGA